AUGAUGUCCAAGGAAGUCAAGGAAGUCAAAGCUGAGAAAUCAGCAUCUCAAAAAAUCAGUACUGCUGGUGGAUUCAUAGCAGGUGGAUUAGCAGCAUGUGGUGCUGUUACAUUUACAAAUCCAAUUGAAUUAGUCAAAACAAGAAUGCAAUUACAAGGUGAAUUAUCUCAUAGUAAUCAAGCAAAAGUUUAUAAGAAUCCUAUUCAAGCCUUGGGGAAAAUUUAUUCAAAUGAAGGUAUAAAAGGUGUUCAAAAAGGUCUUGUAUGUGCUUAUAUUUAUCAAAUUGGUUUAAAUGGUUGUAGAUUAGGACUUUAUGAACCAAGUCGAAAUAUAUUAAAUAGUGUUUUUUAUCCAAGUCAAGAUCCUCAUAGUGUGCAAAAUGUUCCAAUUAAUGUUGCUGCUGGUGCUUUGUCAGGUAUUGCAGGUGCUAUUAUUGGAUCACCAUUAUUUUUAAUUAAGACUCGUAUGCAAUCUUAUUCAACAAAAAUUGCAAUUGGUGAACAAACUCAUUAUAAAAAUUUCUUGGAUGGUCUUGUAUCUAUUUAUUCUAAAGAAGGUGGUAUUCCAGGUUUAUUCCGUGGUGUUGAUGCUGCAAUUAUUAGAACAGGUAUGGGUUCAUCAGUUCAAUUACCAAUUUAUAAUUAUCUUAAACAAUUUUUACAAAAAAAUGAAAUAGUUUCAGAAGGUGCAGGAUUACAUUUAAUUUCAAGUACAUUUGCAGGGUUUGGUGUUGGUAUUGUUAUGAAUCCAGGUGAUGUUGUCUUAACACGUAUGUAUAAUCAAAAAGGUGAUUUAUAUAAAGGUCCAAUUGAUUGUUUUAUUAAAACAAUUAAAUAUGAAGGUGUUUUUGCAUUAUAUAAAGGGUUUGGUGCUCAAUUAUUAAGAAUUGCUCCUCAUACUAUCUUAACUUUAACUUUUAUGGAACAAACUAUGAAAUUAAUGCAAACUGUUGAACAGAGAUUUUUAGCAUAA